AUGAUGAUGCAGAGUGGAAUGAUCGACUCACUGCAUGAGGAGAAUGUGGAGGUCGAUCAACUACCAUUGAUGAUACCAAUCAUUGAUGAUUACGAACCGAGGAGUAAUAAGUGCACACCAAAUUCAACGCCAAUGACCUCGCACAAUCAUAUACGAUCACCUCUGAAGCGACACCUAAGCCAAAAGUCUGACGACUUCCUCUUGGCCAUUGGCAACCUAGAGGGACUGCACUCGAGUGGUGAUCACUUUGAAGAACAUCAACAUCAAUCACAUGAUCAACAACAACUCAAUCAAAGUGGAGGUGGACAUGGUCAGACUCAAGACAGCGAUGAUGAACAAGUUAUAUUUGAUACGGGCGAUGAGGAUCAGACGACUCACGUGUCGUAUAUAUCACAUUUGUCGACGCCUCCACCACCUUCAGAGACUACGCCGCCAGCCUUCCAAACAACACGCAGUGGUAGUGGCAGUCUAGAGUACGACAACAUGGACAUGGACACAAUGUUGGCCAACAGCGGCAACAAUGGCAAUCGCCACUUCCCCCGCUUCUACUACCGUCACAGCAUCAUGGACCCCGUCAGCAGACCGUUGUCGGAUGGCAGCGGCGGCAACAUGUCACCCAUGGACGAGAAGGAGGCCAUGGCCAUGGCAAUGGCAGACCAUGCUUUGACCAAGGCACAAAAGUACAACACUACAACUGGCUACAUCGAGGGCAAGCACAGGAAGCACGAUCACUACCGCGACGACUACUUUGAGUUUGUGGCGCCGCCACCCACCACGCCACACAAGCCCACACGAAUCAUAGAUGACUUCCUUUCAGACUUUACCAAUGAUGGUGCCGAAGGAGAUGAAGAUGAAGACGAGUUGGUGUACGAGAGGAUCAGGGCGUCGGGCGGUGGCUCACGGCAAGAGUCAGCAUCAAGUAGUCGCCACGCGAGUCACAAGAGUAUAUCAAGUCUAAGCAAUAGUCAUAACAAUGGUAGCAGUGUAUAUAAUAGUAAUAGUAACAUCAACAACAAUGGAAGCAUUGGCAACAUGAGUGGAGGUGGUAGUGGUGGAAGUGUCAAUGGCAGCAAGAAGUACAACAGUGGCAACAACAAACAGGAGCAAGCACCACCCUUUGACUACCGCAAUGGACGUGAUUUCCAGUUGCUCCUGGAUCGCAUCAAAGACAACUCAAUGUACUGUGGAACACAGUUUGCCGGUUUAAUGGCAAAGGUGAAGCUGAUAAACAACUCUAUGAAUCAUAUUAUGUCCAAACACUUUGAGUUGUACGCCAAGACAAGUAAUGAUGUCUUGGACGAGUCAUUCCAGUGUAUGGCAAUGAUGCAAUCACUCAUUAAUAGUAUGGAACUAUUGAAUAGUGAUGUCUUCCCAAUGUAUAAACUAGCCUCUCAAAUUAAACACGCCAGGAAGUCAUUAGAUCUCUUGGAACUAUAUGUUAAUAGAUUACCAAGCGAUGGAAGCAACGCUAAUGGUAACAGAAAUGGAAAGGCAGGC